UCAAAGAAAAACAAGGAAAAGAUAUCAAAAUUAAAAAGCCACAUAGUGAACGUUUAAGAAAUAUUGGCUGUUCAGCAAUAAUUGGAUUUUGUAUAGAAAAACAUAACUUAAAAAAUUCACACCCUCUUGAAGUAUCUCUUAAAUUUACACAUAAUCAUAUUCCUAAAUCUGCUGUAUUAUUAAGCUUUCAUCUUGUUUAUAUACAGACAAAGAAAGAAUAUUUAAAGUUAUUUGAAUAUGGAUAUAUACCAUCAACUACACAUUAUAAAUAUGAAGAAAAAUUAUAUUUAUUAGCUGAUAAUGAGAAAAACUUAGCAACUAUUUUAGCUGAUCAUCAGCUUAAAAGUGAAGUUAAAAAUUAUAAUAAAUUAGAACGUGGAAAGGCUGCCUUCUGUCUAUUUGAUAAAACAAAGAAGCAAGUAUUUGUUUUAUAUAUUGUUAGCAAUUUGAUGCAAAGAAUUCAUAAAACAAUUCAGCAAGCAGGAAUUAUUUUAAUAUCUGAUGAAUCAGAAAAUACAUUUGAAUUUGCUUUUAAUUUUUUAAAAACAGUAUUACCUAAUAAGGCAUUUUAUAAUAGAAGACCAGAAGUUGGACUAACUAUUUCAAAUCAACAUCCUGAAAGAAUGCAUAUUAUAGAAAAGUUUUUAUGUUAUAAGCAUAAGAAUCUUAAUCUUGAAGGCAUCCUGCAUAGAGAAGAUGAUAUUACAUAUGACGUACCUAGUACUACAGUAGUUGAAAAAAUGUAUAUAGUUGACCCGACUAUUGGAACAUGUUCUUGCCUUGUUGGUAUUUCAGGAGCUCCUUGUUCAAUAGUUCAAGAAAGAUCGUUUUACGCUUCUUUACGUCCACAAAUGCACCUAACAUCUAAUAAUAGUAUCGUUGAUCAAUUAAAGAUUCAAGAAACUUCAAUUUCAAAAUUUACAUUAAAUACUGAAGUUGAUACAAGUGAAAAAAUAAAUUUUAUAGUGGAUACUAAUAAUAAUGAAAAGCUAAAUACUGAAAUUGAUCCGAGUGAAAAAAUAAAUUAUACAGAGGAUACAAAUAAUAAUGAAGAGCUAAAUCGCAUUGAAUCUUUAACUAGUUUUUUUCAUGAGGUGGAAAAUGAUAUUAGACAAAAUACACAACUUCUUUCAGCUUUUGAAAAAUUUCAAAAAGGGUAUUAUGCUGCAAAAAGUCUCUCCGAAAAUAGGUUGGUUUCAUUCAUCUAUCAGCAUGCAAAUAGUCCUAUAACAGUUCGAAACAGCACAAAAAUACCUGUUCAAGUAGCAUCAGUGCAAAGAAGAAAAGGAGCUGUAUCGCAUAGUCUAAAAAGAAAGACUUUGGGAAGACAACCAUUAGAUAAUAAAGAAAAUGAAAAUCCACUUGAAAUGCAACCAAGAAAAAAAAGAAAAACAAUGCGAAAGCCAUAUAAUUUGGCGCAAAAUAUUAAUAAUAACAGAGCUAAUUAA